CAGCACGGCCCAUGACGAUGGCCGGGUUUGCGCUGCGGCGCGCCACGCACGACGACGUUGAGGCCCUCUGCGACGUCUACCUGUCCGCGUUUCGCGACGAGGUCUUUAGCCGGCAGGUCUUCCCGCGGGAGCCCUCGUCCGACACGGGGAGGGCGUACUGGCGGCGCGCCUUUGCCGAGGAGCUGCGCGAGCCCGACGCUACGUUUCUCGUUGCAGUGGAGCCGUGCUACAGCGAUGAUGAUAAUGAUGACGAUGGCGUGCGUGCGGCAGCAGCAGCAGCAGUGAGGGAAACGGCGGCAGCAGUGGGUGAGACGACAGCAGCCGUAGGCAAGGCGGCAGCAUCCCGGGAGACAGUCGUCGGCUUCGUCAAAUGGGUCGCCCCCGGCGCGCCGCCGCACGACUUCUCCGAGGACGGCGGCGGCUACCCGCCCGACGGGCUGCCCGACGUCGCGGCACUGUACUACAAGCGGCUCUUCGAGGGCCACCGGCGCUGCGUGGGCGACAGGCCGCACUGGUACCUCGACAUGGUGGGCGUGCGGCGCGAGGUCAUGGGCAGGGGCGCGGCGAGGCAGCUCCUGGACUGGGGCCUGCAGAGGGCCGCGCGGGACGGGGUGCCGUGCUUCGUCGAGUCGACGGGCGAUGCGCGGGCCUUUUACGAGCGCUUCGGCUUCAGCGAGGUGGACCGGAUGAGCGUCGACACGCCGCAGGGCGAGGCAGUGGUGGUCUUUAUGCUGAGAGAGGGAGCAUUCGCACCACCCAACGGCUAGCUGGUAUCUACUUCGUACUGUCCAUCUAAAUACCUGAACAAAACAAAAACAAAUAAUACUUGGAUAUCCAAAGGGAGAUAUUACGGGUGGG